GCCAUGAUGAGUGAAAAUAAUUUCAAUUCCAUUUAUUUAAUCAAUUAACCAAGAUAGAAAUUUAAUUUAAAUUAAUUAACAGUUGUGAUUAACGAUAUUAAUUUACCUGUGAAUAAAUAAUUGUAUUUGAUUGGAGAAAAGGCUCACGACUGUUAAAUACUAUAAAUCUCCUCAAAUCUACAUCUGUAACUUUAACAAAAUGGAUCCCAAUCAACAGCAAUCACAACAACAACAACCACCACCACCAACACCAACACUACCACAAUCUCAACAAUCACAACCUCCAUUGAACAUAAUUAUCAGUCUAGAAAAUUGUAUUCUACCGGAAUCUAAAUUCACCUGUACACCAUCAUCUUUAGACGGUUUAGACUCACAAUAUGAAUACGAAUUAAGAAUAUUGGGAACGGAAUUAGUUCAAACCUCUGGUAUACUUUUAAAAUUACCUCAAGUGGCCAUGGCCACGGGACAAGUAUUAUUUCAACGUUUUUAUUAUUCUAAAUCUUUCGUGAGGCAUAAAAUGGAAAUGACUGCCAUGGCGUGUAUAUUAUUGGCCUCAAAGAUUGAAGAAGCACCAAGACGAAUACGUGAUGUUGUAAAUGUUUUUAACCACAUGAGACAAGUAAGAGCUGGUUUAACACCUCAACCAAUUCUACUGGAUCAAAACUAUAUUAAUUUAAAAGCUAAAAUUAUUAGAGCGGAGAGACAAUUGCUCAAAGAAUUGGGCUUCUGUGUUCACGUUAAACAUCCUCAUAAGUUUAUUGUUACUUUACUUCAAGUACUAGAUUUAAAAGGUAAUAAACAGCUCAUGCAAACCUCCUGGAACUAUAUGAACGAUAGCCUGAGGACAGAUGUAUUUCUAAGGUGGUUACCCGAGACCAUAGCAUGUGCUUGUAUCUAUUUAAGUGCUAAUCUAUUGCGAAUUCCUUUACCAUCAAAUCCAGCUUGGUAUGAGUUAUUUGAUGCAUCAGAAGCUGAUCUAGAGUCCAUAUGUACAACUAUUCUUAAACUUUAUACCCAAAAGAAACCAGAUCAAGCUAAACUCGAGGGAAUUGUUGAUUCUUUACGUAAACAAUGGGAAAAUUCACAAAAAACUAUUGAAAAGAAAAAUGAACCAGGAGGUAGUGGAACAUUAGGAGAUAUUAAAAAUGGAGAAAUUGAAAAUUCUGAGACAAUUCGUGAUGAUGAGAAAACAAAUGAACCCGAUUUACAAGUAACAACAAAUAGUCCAAAAGCCAAUAAGGAUGUUUUUGAACGUCUCAAGAAAAGGUCACCUUCUUAUGAAUCUUCAUCAUCGCCAAAACAUGAGGUUAAUAAGGAUCGAUCAACUCUUAAAACUCGUGAUAAUAUUUCAAGGUACCGUGAUUCUUAUGACAAUUCAAAAAGUCGCCGAUCACCUUCCCGAGAUAAUAACACCAAUUCUCACAGUAAAAGUUACUCCAGGUCAAAAGAACGAAGUAAAGAUUAUGAUGAGUUUAAAUCUCAUAAGAAACAUAAAGAAGAUAAAGAUUAUUAUUAUAGUAGCAGUAAAGAUCAUUAUUCAAGUAAAGAAUCGAAAUACUAUGUUAAAGAAAAAAGUCGAAAACAUAGUCGCCAUUCUAAUCGAGAUCGUGAUGCCCAUUGAUGACAAUUAACAUCCAAGAAGAAAACAACAACAAAAAUAUCAAAAGCGAGAAAGCGAGAAAGAGAUAAUGUUUAUAUGUAUAAAAAAACCAAAAUUAUCAGAGACAAAAAUACACAACGUAAAGAAAAUUAUAUAUCAAUUGUAAGUAAAAUAAUUUUGUACGUAAACAAACAAAAAAUUGUCAUCUUUUCCAUUGAUUAAUUUUCACCCCAACAAAAUUUUCCUUAAAAAUCAACUGAAAGUAGCAAGAAAAAGGAGAUUUAUAAUUAACUGUGAAUAGACUCAAUUCAUUGUAAUCAGAAAAUAUGAAGAAAUCAAUCCAAAUGUUACUCUAAAUGA